AUGUCGCACCACUGCACAGAGACCCUCUCCUCCCACUUGGACCCGUUUCGUUGGGUCCCAGAAGAUCUCCAGGCAUCGACGUGGCCAACGGUCAACACACCGGCCAUUCCCCCUGCAAUAAAACUACUUCUGAUGGCCCCAGAAGAUAUUCGCGUAGCGGAGCUCCUCGAAUACUGUCCCACCCACCCGCCUCCCCCUUCUCUUCCUAGCAACACCGGUGCAGUGCACACCUCACAUCUUCCACCCACUGAUCCGAGCACCUACCCAUCUUUCAUAUGGGAGCUCGACCAUCGCCACUACACCAUACCUACGGAAUCCAAUCUUCUUCUCGCCAACGACGGCCUUGCCUCACUCGUCCACCCUGCCGCCCCAGACGUCCGGUUUCCCGCUUGGGCGGCCAUUCCUUGGCGGGCGAUGUCUGAGGUUUGGAAUGCUCGUGAUAUCUGGAUCAAAGGCCUCACAUUCUGUCAAAGCAAUGCGCCCCUUUCGGAGCGACGCGAGCUUCGACGAUACGCACGGGUGAACUGGGGCGAGGUUGCCGCAAUGAACUCGGAGCUGUUGGCCCGGUGCCAACGCAUACUUGGAGACAACAUGCUCAACGACGAGUCUCUGAACGACUGUGCCGACUUCUGGAAUUCCUGUCUCGAACGUGAAGGUCGGGCUGUAGUCGUAGCCCAUACCGGGUUCGCUCCAUCCGUCAUGAAGCCGAAUGCCUCACAACGUGUCCUGCGAACAACAUUGCACAAGCUUGGAAACUCUGCAAAAGGCAAAAUCAUCAUUCCUUGGCAUCUUCCACUGCUUCGCCACUGGGUAACCGUCCGGGUCGACCUUGACGACCGAACCUUUGUGAUCGUGGAUUCCCUCCGCAGCCCCGACAACCCGGACCCUCGCGUUUUGACUGGGGUGCACACCCUCGUGGCCGCAAUCGACCAGUAUCUUUCCCAACCGGACGGUAUAAAGCCUUGGGCGCAUAAUCAGAUCGCGAUCGCUGCACCACGUCAAUUUGACGGCGUAUCCUGCGGGCCAAUUACCUUCAACACUAUUCAACGUAUGCUGUACGUCGACCGUCGUAUUUGGACAGCAGAGCGGGCGUCGUCGAUCCGCAUGGAGGUCAUGGAUGGCUGCGUAAAGUGUUGGCAGAUGCCCAUUGACGCGAUGAAGGUGCACAAGCUUAUCCCGGACGAGGCGCAGUCUUCUCCGGAAAAGCACACCAUAUCGGUAUCACCGGACAGCCUGGCCAAAUCCGGCCCCAAAGAUGGUCAAGGCAUGUGUAACCCUGAACUCGAACGUCGCAUCGACGUUCCUCUCGGCGUGACAAAGGGGAUGGCGGCUUUCCGGCAGAUGACGGCGUCUUCCGCUUCGCCUCGCCCGGUUGCACAGGCAAUGACGACAUUACGCCAGUUCCCUAGCCAUCCAGCAGCGCCAGGAAUGUCCUUCAAUCACAGCGGAAUGGCAGCGCUGCGCCGCCCCUCGCAGACCCCGCCCGGUUCGGCCCACACCACCCCUAUGGCGGGGCCUAGCUCCGUAGCAUCGGGGAUGGCGGCCUUUCGGCAGCUGGCCAUUCUUGACGUUCAACCAUCGACGGCGGGAAAGCCUCAACCCAGCUAG